UGAAAAUAUAUGAUUUCAGAUCAAGAUCCAGCAAUGCCAGUUGCACUAGGCAGGGUAUUUCCAAACACAAUCCAUCGUUUGUGUUUGUGGCAUGUUCAGAACAGGUAUAUGCCGUAUUUAAACGAGUUGUACGCUAGAUUUGAGGAAGAGGAUUUCAAAACAAGGUUCCAAUCUAUAAUACAUCAUCCUUUAACUGUAACUGAGUUUGAGACUGCCUGGGCAAUGCUGAUUGAUGAUUUCCAUCUACAUGAUAACAUCAGUCUUUCCAGAAUGUAUGAAAUUCGUAAAGAUUGGAUACCAGCUUUUUUUAAACAUGAUUAUUUUGGGUUGAUGGUCUCUACACAGCGUAGCGAGAGCAUGAACAAACUCGUCAAAAGUGCUCAUGUCGAUGCAAACACGCCACUACAUCAAUUCGCCAAGCAAAUGUUGAAGCUUCUACACAGUAGGAAGAUGAAAGAGGCAAAAGAGGCACUAGGAUGCAUGGGCCAAAAGGAAACAAAUACAUUGUAUAUGUUUGAGAUACGUGUAGCGAGGACAUACACAAGGGCUGUAAUGAAUAAGUUUCACGAGUCUUUGAAAUAUGCUACUGCAUACAAGAUAUCACAUGAUCCAGAUGGUGGUGUGAAUGAAUGGGUGGUUCAGCAUACUUCAAGGUCAAAUAGGAUUGUGUGGGGGCAACACCAAUUCAAAGUAAUGGCUGAUGUAGAUGCUGGAAAGUAUGAAUGUGAAUGCAAGCAUUGGGAGCAUACAGGUCUGCUUUGUGUGCAUCUUUUACGAACAUUUAUGCAUCUUCAAAUUGAUCGAAUACCUUCGGAAUACAUCCUUCAGAGAUACACCUACUCUGCUAUACAAGAUGUGACUUUUUCAAGGGAUGAUAAGAAUUUGAAGGGUAAAGACGGUGAGACUAAAUCAUAUAGGCAGAAGAUGUUGCUUAAAAAGUCAAUGAAAGUAGUACAUCAUGCAAGUCUUUCAAAGGCUGGAUAUGAUAGAGCCCUGGAGAUGAUGGAUGAACUGCUUUUGCUACUUUCACGGUUGGAGCCAGAUAUUGAAGGUGAUGAUAGUACUAGUGAUGGCGAAGGAAUACAGGGCGACAGGAAUGAUGUAAGAGACAUGAUGGGAGAUAAUCUAACGACAAGAAUGGCGCAGGCUGGUGUAAUUCAAUUGGUGCCUACUUUACAAGAAGGUGGUGUGAGCGAUACCCAAUGUGUUAUGCCACAACAAAUAUUGGAACAGGUAAUACAUGAUUAUAAAAGAGGAAAAAGUUGUUGUAAUACAAAAUAG